CGUGGCCACGCUGUUCCCGUCCGGCCGGCUCCCAGGACGCUCCGGGCACCCGCGUCCGACGCAGCGCCUCUUGGGCCUCGCGUGGGCGUGUGUUUACACGCGGGCCCCGCCACGCACGCACGCGGCGUCACGCGGCGUCACGCGACGUCAGACGCUGUCCCGGAAGUUGGCGCGGGCCGGGCGGCGGGUGGAAGCCGGUGCCGGAGCGCGAAUUGCAGCGCCGUCGCCUUCGCGGCCUGGGCCGGGGUCGCCGUCCCGUCCACCCACCCGCGAUGGGCAGCGGGCCCUGAGCGCCCCGCCCGCUCGCCUGCCUUCCCACAGCGACCCCGCCCGGCCGCGAUGGAGGCGCCGCCCGCGGGCCGCGUUCCCGCCGAGGGCACCCCGCCGGCGGCUGUGGCCGAGGUGCGCUGCCCGGGCCCUGGGCCGCUGCGCCUGCUCGAGUGGAGGGUGGCGACGGGCGCGGCCGUGCGUAUCGGCUCCGUGCUAGCCGUGUGUGAGGCCACCGCCUCCACGCAGCCCGCCGGACCCUCCCCUGCCCGCGCUGGCUCCGGGGGCUGCGUGCGCGCCGAGGGCAGGCUGAGGUCGGAGCGCGCCGGCGUGGUGCGGGAGCUGUGCGCGCAGCCAGGCCAGGUGGUGGCCCCCGGGGCGGUUCUGGUGCGUUUGGAAGGAUGUAGCCACCCAGUUGUCAUGAAAGGCUUGUGUGCGGAGUGUGGCCAAGACCUCACCCAGCUGCAGAGUAAGAACGGGCAGCAGCAGGUGCCUCUGUCCACGGCCACGGUGUCGAUGGUGCACAGUGUCCCAGAGCUGAUGGUGAGCUCUGAGCAAGCUGAGAAGCUGGGACGGGAAGACCAGCAGCGGCUGCAUCGAAACAGAAAACUGGUGCUCAUGGUCGACUUGGACCAGACGCUUAUCCACACGACAGAACAACACUGCCAGCAGAUGUCCAACAAAGGCAUCUUUCACUUCCAGCUGGGCCGGGGCGAGCCAAUGCUGCACACCCGUGUGCGUCCCCACUGCAGGGAGUUCCUGGAGAAGAUUGCCAGGCUGUACGAGCUGCACGUCUUCACGUUCGGGAGCCGGCUGUAUGCCCACACCAUCGCAGGUUUUUUAGACCCUGAGAAGAAGCUUUUUUCUCAUCGAAUAUUAUCGAGGGACGAAUGUAUUGACCCAUUUUCUAAAACAGGGAACCUCAGAAAUCUCUUUCCCUGUGGAGACUCAAUGGUUUGCAUUAUUGAUGACCGAGAAGAUGUCUGGAAGUUUGCCCCCAAUCUGAUCACCGUGAAGAAAUACGUCUACUUCCAGGGCAUAGGGGACAUCAACGCCCCGUCUGGAUCUCGGGAGUCACAGGCGAGAAGGAAAGUAAAUCAGUCUCCGAAAGGGGCCGACAUCCCAGAACAAGCUCCGUCCGUCAGGGAGACCGAGGAAGGACGGCAGGUUUCUGGGGUCGAGCAAAGUAAUGGCCUCGGGAAGCCCACGAGGGAGCUCAACGGGGGUGCUUCUCCACGGGGGGACUGGCCCCUGCCUGGGCAGGAGGAGGAGAGAGGCAGCCGGCUCACUGCCCGUGGACCCUCGGCUGAUGGCAAGGGCCCCCCAGCAUGUGCUCAGCAGCAUGAUCGGACAUUGCCGGAAAAGCGGUCAGCUCAGGGCCUGGCAGGCAGUGACCUGGACUUUGACCUUUCCAGCGACAGCGAGUCAGACGCCCAGUCGUCCUCCGAUGGUGAAAGUGGGGAGAGGAGGAGCCUGGAACGGCCUCAGGGAGCACGAGACGCAGGGAAGGUGGCACAGCGGGGCGGCCCCCCGGGCCCAGGAGGGGAGAGGCCCACAGGAGCGAGUCCAUGUGGAGAGCCUGCCCCAGGCUUGCAUGCCGAAGCGCAGGAGGAGGGUGAGCGGGACGGCCUCUGCGGGCUGGGCGGUGGCUCUGCGGACAGGAAGGAGGCCGAGACCGAGUCCCAGAACAGCGAGCAGUCGGGCAUCACGGCCGGCGAGUCCCUGGACCAGAGUGUGGAGGAGGAGGAGGAGGAGGGGGAGGACGGGGAUCAGGACGACCACCUGGUCCACCUGGAGGGGAUCCUUGCCCGAGUGCACUCCGACUACUAUGCCAGGUACGACCGGUACCUGUGCGGGGACAGCCAGGAAGCCCCCGACAUACGGAAGAUCGUCCCGGAGCUCAAGAGCAGGGUGCUGGCGGAUGUUGCCAUAAUAUUUAGUGGGCUGCACCCGACAAACUUCCCCAUCGAGAAGACGCGGGAGCACUACCAUGCCACAGCCCUUGGAGCCAAGAUCCUCACGCAGCUGGUGCUGGACCCGGACAACCCCGACAGGGCCACGCACCUGAUCGCAGCAAGGGCAGGCACAGAGAAGGUGCGCCAGGCCCAGGAGUGCGGGCAGCUGCAUGUGGUCAACCCCGACUGGCUGUGGAGCUGCCUGGAGCGCUGGGACCGGGUAGAGGAGCAGCUCUUCCCGCUCAGGGAUGACUACGGCAGAGCGCAGAGGGAGGAUGGCCCAGCAGCCUUUCCUGACAGGCAGGGUGCGCUUCCAACUGCCUUGUUCCACCCAACGCCCGUCCACCCCAGGGCCCAGCCUGGGCCAGAAGUUCGCAUCUAUGACGCCAACACGGGCAAGCUCAUCCGGAAAGGUGCCGUGGGCCCCGGGCCCCCUGGCUCCCUGGCGGUCCACACGGAGCACUCCUCCUUCAGAGUGGUUCAGCCGCCGCGGCAGAUGCUUGCUCAAGAGCUGCCAGAUAACCGACCCGGAGAGCAGCCCGGCCCCAGUGGACGGAAGCGACAGCCCAGCAUGUCAGAGACAAUGCCACUGUACACGCUCUGUAAGGAGGACUUAGAGAGUAUGGACAAAGAGGUGGAUGACAUCCUAGGAGAGGGCAGUGACGACAGCGACAGCGAGAAGAAGAGGCCCCCACCCCGGGAGCCCCAGGCCACGCCGGAGGCCACACUGGAGGCCACACCAUGCAGCGGGAGGACCACCGCAGGCAGCCGGGGGCCCAGGGGCCACAAGCGGAAGCUACCCGAGGAGGACGCCGGCAGCGCGUCCAGUGGGGAGUCGAGCGGGGAGGACGAGGAGGGCAGCAGCUCGGAGGCGGACGAGAUGGCUGCAGCGCUCGAGGCAGAGCUCAGCGACCUCAUGUGACCUGCAGGGUGCAGGGCCGACACCCGCUUGGCGCUCCAUCCCCGGAGGGCUCCAGGCCCCACGGGCCCUUGGAUGGUUCCUUUUUUCCAGAGAGAUGUGUAUAUUUGCAGAGCUCCACAUACAGAAACACAUAAUUUUGCAGAAAUAGGUGUUUUUAGAGGUUUUACUACGGAAAGUCUACUUUUCUAAGGGACAGUGUCCCGGGAGGCGGUGUGCCAAAGAUGUUGCCACGCCCCGCGCAGCCUGGUUCGGAGUGGGCAUGUAGGACGCAGGGCAGCAGCCGGGGCACCCCGAUGGGGGUGGGGCAGUGGGCGGGCGCGCAGGGCCCUCCUCCGGGACACAGAUGUAAAGUUUUUGUAUAUCUAUUUCACAUUUGACCCACCGAGCAGAUUUCUCUUUCAUUUAAUAAAACUCCUUUUUGUAAGCUCGUUCCCUGGUGUGCUGGCAG